AUGCGUACUCUCUCAGUUCUCAUCGUUGCCUUCUUGAUUCUCGGUGCCUGCCUUGCCGCCGUGGUACCACCAUUGAAGGCCAUUCAUAUUCCUGAAUGUGACCAAUAUUGUGCCACCGGUGGAUGUGCAGCCUGUUGUCAAACUUUUCUUCAUCCACUUGGAGGCUCCUGUUUACCUGACCCGACAAAAUGCAACUGCUUC